GACAAGGACCUCAAGCAGUACCUGGAUGACUGCGGCAACGUCAUCCACAUGCACAACGUGAAGCUCUUCCUCUUCCAGCUGCUCCGCGGUCUCGCCUUCUGCCACCGCCACAAGGUUCUGCACCGCGACCUCAAGCCGCAGAACCUGCUGCUCAGCGAGCGCGGCGAGCUCAAGCUGGCCGACUUCGGGCUGGCGCGCGCCCAGUCCAUCCCCACCAAGAGCUACUCCAACGAGGUGGUCACGCUCUGGUACCGGCCCCCCGACAUCCUCCUCGGCUCCACCGAGUACUCCACGCAGAUCGACAUGUG